AUGGCGUCAUGUGACCCCGGAGUCGCCGUGACAGCGCCGCAGACGGAAUGUCACGCUGAGUCUCACUGCCAUACAUUCCGCGCGUACAUUAAGGGUAUCUGCAACCAUGCCGAGCAACUCGCACAGGCGCUGGAGCAGAACUCCCCUCAGGUCGUUCAAGGCCCGAUGGAGCUCGAAUUCUUCGCGUACGUGCCAGACGUACAGCCCCGGCAGAGCAGGUAUGACGGCCCGUUCGGGCUCGCAAACGGCACCCUGCACACACCCAAAUUAAUAACGCACGACCCCGUCACGGCGUAUAAGAACGCGCUCAGCAGUCUUAAACGGCUUGGCGACAACGCGCGGCUCGUCCAGCAGGCAGAUGGUUACGGGCACACCUCCCUCUCUCAGGUGUCGUUCUGCGUCUGGGAGCAAGUUUAG